AAAAACAACGCCCCCAACGCUCUUAUACAACCACUAUUAACGAACAAAGAAAGCGACUCACAAAGGCACCAGGCGAUGCAAACACAGUGAAGUGUAGCGGGUAGCUCAAAGCCCCUUUCAACCAACUUCACCUCGUCUUCUCCGCCUCACUCCUAUUUCUCUUCCUCUCCCUUUUCUUCUCUCCCAAUUCUCACAUUUCUAAUUUCUCUCCCAAUUAUCUCUCUCUCUCUUUCUCUUUUACCCAAUGGCCUCUCCGUUUCUCUCCAAGACCGCCACAAACAUUUCCUUCUCUUCCUCUCUUUCCAAUCCACUCCCAUGGCGGUUCUCUCACACUUCCUCCGCCUCAUUUCCCGCCAAACCUCGCCGGAGGAUCUCGAUAGUCCAGGCCAAGAUCAGGGAGAUCUUCAUGCCGGCCCUCAGUUCAACCAUGACCGAGGGGAAAAUUGUCUCCUGGGUCAAAUCCGAAGGAGACGUACUCUCCAAAGGUGAGAGCGUCGUCGUCGUCGAGUCCGAUAAGGCCGACAUGGACGUCGAGACCUUCUACGACGGAAUUCUCGCCGCGAUUGUCGUCGGCGAGGGCGAAACCGCUCCUGUCGGAGCUGCCAUUGGUUUGUUGGCUGAUACCGAAGAGGAAAUCGCCGAAGCCAAAGCUAAAGCCGCCAAAUCCGGCUCUUCUUCGCCGCCGCCUGCUGCUGUUGCGCCGUCUCCUCCACCUCCCGCUUCCAAUCCCGCUCCGGCAAUUGCUCAGCCUCCGCCUCCGGCCGCUGCUAAGGCGGUUCCCGAUGGACCGAGGAAGAUUGUGGCCACGCCGUAUGCGAAGAAGCUGGCCAAGCAGCACAAGGUGGAUAUUGGAUCGGUGGUGGGCACUGGACCUUCUGGGCGGAUUACUCCGGCGGAUGUGGAGUCCGCAGCCGGAAUCACGUCGACGAAGAAGAGUGUAACCGUUGAACCUGCAACUCCGGCGGCUGCGGCUCCAAAAGCUGCCACUCCAGCAGCUGCGGCUAAUCUCCUUCCGGGCUCGACCAUUGUGCCAUUCACCACAAUGCAAGCGGCAGUGUCUAAGAACAUGGUGGAAAGUCUCUCCGUGCCAACAUUCCGCGUGGGUUAUCCGGUGACCACUGAUGCACUCGACUCACUCUAUGAGAAGGUUAAACCAAAGGGUGUGACCAUGACCGCAAUAUUGGCAAAGGCUGCUGCUAUGGCACUUGCUCAGCACCCAGUUGUUAAUGCUACCUGCAAAGAUGGGAAAAGCUUUACAUAUAAUAGUAACAUAAACAUUGCAGUUGCGGUGGCUAUCAAUGGCGGGUUGAUAACCCCUGUUCUUCAGGAUGCAGAUAAGUUGGAUUUAUAUCUGUUUUCCCAAAAAUGGAAAGAGCUAGUGGAGAAAGCCCGUUCCAAGCAACUUCAGCCUCAUGAGUACAAUUCAGGAACUUUCACAUUGUCCAAUUUGGGCAUGUUUGGUGUGGACAGGUUUGAUGCUAUUCUCCCACCAGGCCAGGGGGCUAUCAUGGCUGUUGGAGCGUCAAAGCCAACUGUCAUAGCUGAUGCAGAUGGAUUCUUCAGUGUAAAAAGUAAAAUGUUGGUGAAUGUGACAGCUGAUCACCGGAUUAUAUAUGGUGCUGACUUGGCUGCCUUCCUCCAGACAUUUGCAAAGAUCGUUGAGAACCCUGAAAGCCUCACAUUGUAGAUGAUGUUUCAGGUUUUCAAAGAUACACACCUUUUGACUCUAAGCCUCUAGUUUCCAUGAUUUGAGAACGAAAUGUCUCUGCACCCCAACUAGGAACCUGGUUUUGCUUUGGUUUUUAGCCAAUUUAUACCUAUGUUGUACUCCAUUCUGUUUUAAGCUUUUUAAGAAAUUUAGGUGCUUUGCCAGAUACUAUUGAGCAGAUUUUGAAAGAGGGAAAUAACAACCAUUCAAAUUUUUAUAUAGAAGUCGGUCAGAAUUGUUUUUGUAGGAACUGAAAAAUUCCAAGUCAGUGUCGUAGUUUCAUUUUAUAAUUUUAUUGUCGCAGCUUUUUUGGUAUAUUAUCCAAUUAUGUACAAUUUUCAUAGAUUUUAUGCUGGCAGUUAAUGACAUUUGUCACGAAUCUGUUUAUUGA